CUUCUCCUCUACCUACCACAGACAGACCAUCAUGCUAUAAAUUCCCCCCCAACUAAGCCCUUUCUGAUCAUGAACAACGAAUCACUCACAACCCUCCUAAGCAUACUACUUUUCCUUUCCCCUAGCAUUUAUCAAAUCAUCUGCCUUUUCCUAGUACAUUUUCCACAUAUAUUCUGCCUGAUCAGUUUCUUGAGAGCCCAGAAAGAUGAAGCUAGUCUUCUUCACUUUGCUCCUCCUUGCUCUUGUUCUCAACUCCUCCUUCAUCCCAACCACAAUGGCUGGAUCAAGCUUUUGUGAUUCAAAAUGUGGAGUGAGGUGCUCGAAGGCUGGAGUGCAAGAUAGAUGCUUGAAAUACUGCAAAAUUUGCUGUCAAGAGUGCAAUUGCGUGCCUUCGGGAACUUAUGGGAACAAGCACGAGUGCCCCUGCUACAGGGACAAGAAGAACUCCAAGGGCAAGCCUAAAUGCCCUUGACUUAAUUCACCUGUUUCAUUUACCAAAUCUACAGAGCACAAAUAUAUUACUAGUAUUAUGUAUCUUGGCCGUCACCGCUGGCCACUAAGUUAUAUGAUGGUUGAAUAACUUUUUUGAGUGUUUUGGCUCUUUCCUCAUAUGUGUUGCUGUAUAAAAUAUAUAUUAAGAGUGUCAUGCUACUGCCAUAAAGCAUUGUGUGUCAAUCUUUUCUAUAUUAAUAAUUAUAUGAGUGAGUUUUUUUAUA